AUGCAAGUUUCAGAUACCGAAAUCGACCGUCAAAAAGGUGAUUCGAGACCGACUGAACCCUUUAGAGGCCUAUACAAUGAGCUUUUCGAGUGUUUAAGAUUUCGGCAGGCAUCAGUCAUACCGGUAUUUUUACUGGACUUGAUAGCCGGGAAUUUGAUAGAAAGCACAAGAAACAAUACCAUACCCCCGCUAUUGCAGCUUUUUGUGGGUCUCAGGUUCUCUGCGACAGGCGCUUACCACAAACUUACAGGUGAUAGCAUGAAUGUGUCAAAGUCCACCGUCGGCAAAUGCUGUAGAUCGGUCACCAAUGCCAUCCUUAGAGUUCGACAACAAUUUAGUUUUCCUAGAGACGAACUAGCAAUGAAAUCAAGAAAAACUAAGCAAGAGUUCAUCAAAAUAGCCGGUAUCCCAAACACUUUUUUGGGCUGCGUCGAUGAUACGUUUAUAAGAAGCAUGGCUCCAACUGAAAACGAACCGGAAUUUGUAAAUAGAAAGGGGUUUCAUUCUUUGAAUGUGCAGGGAAUGGUUUGUGAAACAAACUUCAGAUUCACAAGUGCGUGUGCCAGCUGGCCCGGUAAUGUCCAUGAUAGCAGGAUUUGGCGGGAAUCCUUCAUUUGUCGACAAUUCGAACGAGAACAUAACGACAUUUUGUUGGGCGAUUCUGGAUACAUGUGCCCCUGCCGGCGUUUUCAGUGA